CACCAGAUCUUAUAUAAACACUGUGGCUCCCCCUCUGAUUUCUUCGAGCAUUAGAUAUAUACUAUUCUUUUUUAAUACAACAAUGUCUGUAUCAACUAUAUCAUCUACUUUGAAAACAACACCAACCUCGCAAUUAAUUACCUUAGCUGCUGGAUGUUUCUGGGGGGUUGAACGUGUGUUCAAGAAGCAAUUUGAAAACAAAGGAUUAGUCGAUGUUAAAGUCGGUUAUGCUAAUGGUAUUCCAACUGUUGGUAAUGUCAACUAUGAAUUAGUAUGUUCUGGAUCUACUAAUUUCGUCGAAAGUAUACAACUUUCUUAUGAACCAGCUCAAUUGAAACUUGAAGAUAUUUUGGAUAUAUUUUUUAGAAUGCAUGAUCCAACCACUGUUAAUUCACAAGGUCCAGAUGUUGGUACUCAAUACAGAUCAGCUAUUUUAACUCACAAUGACCAAGAUAACGCAUUAGCUUGGAAAUUAAAAGAAGAAUACCAAAAGACUUGGUAUCCAAAUGACAAGAUUGUUACUAUAAUAGAGCCAAUUAAGGUAUGGCACGAUGCUGAAGAGUACCACCAAAAGUACUUGGAAAAGAAUCCAGCUGGGUAUGAAUGUCCAUCUCACUUCAUAAGAACUAAACCAAAGGCGUAAAUAUUUAUAUAGUUAAACAAAAUGUAUGGU